GUUAACUUUCUGACCUAUGAGUUUGUGCCUAGCCUAUGAGCACUAUGAGGUAAUAAAUAAAAUAAACCUAAAGAAAAAAGCAAAUAUAAAUAAAUAUUCAUCGAUUUUCGGCUGAGACAAAAUGACGACCAUGCGACCAAAGUCACCUCGCCCUGUAGCAGUUAGAGGUGAAAAAGAGGAAACAAUUUGGGAUAAACUUGGUACAAUAGGAAGGAAAAAAAGAAUAAAGGAAGUUCAGGAAGUCCAAGCUGAAGGCAAAUAUGCAAUUGAUUCACCAGGAUGUCCUACAGCACCAGUUAUUCCUCCUGAGGAAUAUAACUUAGAUGAUAAUGAGGAAAGAUGUAUAAUUGAUCCAAAAGCUUAUGAAAACCCAAGGUUUAUUGAGCUUUUGAAUGUUCUUAAAGAAUGGAUCAAUGAUGAACUAGCAUCUCAAAGAAUUAUUGUGCAAGAAUUGGCCGAAGAUUUGUAUGAUGGGCAGGUGCUUCAGAAACUCUUGGAAAAACUCACUGGAGAUAAGUUAGAUGUACCUGAGGUUACACAGUCUGAGGAAGGACAGAAACAGAAACUAGCUGUUGUUUUAAACCACUUUAAUAAAAUUCUAGGGGUGGAUAGAAGAGACAACAAAUGGAGUGUAGAAGCAAUUCAUUCAAAGAAUAUUGUUGCCAUAACUCACUUGUUGGUAGCAUUGGCCAGACAUUUCAGACCUCCAGUACGUCUUACAGAACAUGUUUCUGUGGAUGUUGUUGUGGUGAGGAAAAAAGAGGGUCAGUUGGUACAUAAAACAGUCAAAGAGGUGUUGACCAAAGCUUAUGAAGAUGUUGGGAUGAGAUGUGAAAGAGACGCAUUUGAUACUUUGUUUGAUCAUGCUCCUGACAAGCUGCAGGUUGUCAAAAAGUCACUGGUAACAUUUGUCAACAAGCAUCUGAACAAAAUGAACUUUGAAGUUACUGAAAUCGAAAGUCAGUUCCAUGAUGGAGUUUAUCUAAUAAUGUUGAUGGGUCUACUUGAAGGUUUCUUUGUCCCACAUUACUGUUUCCAUCUGACACCACAUGAAUUUGACCAGAAGGUGCACAAUGUCAAUUUUGCUUUCGAACUUAUGGAGGAGGUUGGUCUUGCCAAACCUAAAGCUAGGCCCGAAGGUUAGUACCAUUUCUGGUGAGACUUAAAAAACGAAAAGACCAAGCAAAUAACUGCCAAACACGUCCGCAGUCGUACAUCCGCGACGCGAUAACAUUUCAUUUUUGGAAGUGGCAAAAUUCCCAGUGGGGGAAUACACAGAACUUGAAGGGGAAAAAUUGGUGUGUGGGGUGGGUACAGAAGCCAAUGGGGCUGUUUCCUUGCAUGCAAUGGCUUGAGUAGUUACCUGGUGAGGCCUAAAGGCAAAUAUAUUCUGAGGGUUCUAAUGGAUCAGGCCUUCUCUGAGAAAAUUUACUACCCCCUGAUCUGCAAAAAGUUUGUGUGACUGAUACACUUUCAUAAAAAGUAAGCAAAGUGGCUCUUGCUAAUGAUUCUCCCCAUCUAUCUGGAUGAGACCCCUGAAUAAGAUGUGUCAUUUAUGAGACCAGAAAUCGGCCCGAGAUAACCUCAACCUUAGGAAAUAAAAAAUUCCAUUCAUGUUAGGGCUCUUCACACUACCUCUUUGGAGCUUCUGUUUAGCCACUAUACACACUCCUAUUCACAUGAUUUGAUUUUCCAUAAAAUAAAUUAACAUGCCCUUGAACUAUUUUAGAUAUAGUGAAUACGGAUCUGAAGUCGACUCUGAGAGUGCUGUACAAUUUAUUCCAACGUUACAGGACAAUCAUCUGAAAUUGUAGAUGUAUCUUCUAUGGUGCCUUUUAUAGAUGUUGAAAAUUUAUAUAAUGGAAACACUAAUUGUUAUUAAUGUUUUGAAUAUUUAUUUUAUAUUAUGUAUACUUAAAACUGACUUGUACUUUUAAUAUCUAUAUUUAUAUAUUUUUAUUUCGAAAAAUAUAAUCUUAACAAACCCAACA